UCGGCUUCCGUAUCUGUACGUCCACGACGCCUGUACGCUGAAAACGUCUCGCUCCUAAUGCUACUUUGAGUCUGACUGAAGAUGGUGGGGCACGCGCUGGCUGCUACCUGUGUUUCACGCUUCAGAUCGUCAUGGAAACGGAACGUUCCAGCUGCUAUAAAAGGCGCGCGGGCAGUUUUAAUUCCCCCUUUUCACUUGAGGUGAGAGUGGACAAAACCUGAGAACUUAAGAGCACCCUGAUAUCAGCGCGAGACAAGAGAGAGAGGCCGGACCUGCUGGAAGACUUGGUGGAUCAAAGAGGACCGGCGGACCGUUUGAAUAGCUGGUGGAUCAGAGGAACCGGCGGACCGGCUGCAACUGGUGGAUCAGAGAGACCGGCAGACCGGCUGUACCUGGUGGAUCACAGGGACCGGCGGACCGGCUGCAACUGGUGGAUCAGAGAGACCGGCAGACCGGCUGUACCUGGUGGAUCACAGGGACCGGCGGACCAGCUGCAACUGGUGGAUCAGAGAGACCGGCUGUACCUGGUGGACCUGUGACAGGAACCGAAGCGAGAAAGGAUGUCGUCUUCCCGGGAGGACCGCCUCCUGGAAGACUACAUCCUCGGAGUCCCUGUGCUGGUGAUCGUCCGUGGACAUGAAGGUAACCCCUUUGCUUUUGCUCGGUUUCUUGAUCGUGAUGGUGUCCCCCUAUUCUCAACUAGUGAGCAAUCUGAUGUUGAGCAAUUGGAUGCUGAGCAAUCUGAUGCUGAGCAAUCCGAUGCUGAGCAAUCUGAUGCUGAGCAAUCCGAUGUUGAGCAAUCUGAUGCUGAGCAAUCGGAUGUUGAGCAAUCGGAUGCUGAGCAAUCGGAUGCUGAGCAAUCUGAUGCUGAGCAAUCUGAUGCUGAGCAAUCGGAUGUUGAGCAAUCGGAUGCUGAGCAAUCGGAUGCUGAGCAAUCGGAUGCUGAGCAAUCUGAUGCUGAGCAAUCGGAUGCUGAGCAAUCUGAUGCUGAGCAAUCGGAUGCUGAGCAAUCGGAUGCUGAGCAAUCCGAUGCUGAGCAAUCCGAUGUUGAGCAAUCGGAUGUUGAGCAAUCCGAUGCUGAGCAAUCCGAUGCUGAGCAAUCUGAUGCUGAGCAGUCGGAUGCUGAGCAAUCUGAUGCUGAGGAGUAUGAUGAGGUGGCUUAUAGUUCAGAAGUGGACAGGUAGUAAUGAAAGUGUUUCUGAGGACUCUGGGUACAGCAGCAUGUACUCUGAGAAAGAUGACGACCAUA